AAUCCAAUUAAAGACGUUUUUUUAAUAAACGAGAAGAAUAAUAAUAGUGGAGUAGGUACAAUGACGAGUCGGUUUUAGUGACUGACGCAUGUGCACUACUCGCACAACUGUCAAAUUAACUUGAAAGUGUUUGUUUUGGUGUUGAAUUUCUUAUUGAUUACACGUUCAACAUGACUUCGAACUCGUCCUCGUCGAAAAAUGUGUUUUUAGAUAUCGAUCCUACAAUCGUCGAAAAAAAUCUUCGCUUCACGGCGGACCCCAGCGAGGAUGAGUUUAGUAAAAUGUUUCAGCAGCCGGAGCAGUACCCCUCGAAACUUGUAAAACCCUUUCCUGGAUUCUGCAUCAAAACCCGAGAAGUCGGUUCCGACUCAAAAUUCUUCGUAAAUAUUUGCCACACUGACGCAAUUCCGCCACCGAAAGACAUAACCGAAAAAGAGCUCGCCAAUAUUCUAGAAUCAGAUGACAUCGCGGACUACAGAGUACCGAUGAGCAUCGGUGAUGUUCGCACCGAAACCGACAAAAAAGGGGAAGAAGCCCGGGUUUCCGACGUCGCUAUACACCCCGAUUUUUUCCAGAAAAUAGAACGAAGCGUGUUAUUCAAAAAUUUCUUCAUCACGAUUGUGUUCGAGGGGUUGAAAGAUAAGCACGGGAUUAUCACCCACGACGAUAAAAUAAUUUUGAAAAAUAGGAAAGCGUUCGGGACGUUGCAGGUGCACAGGAUACAGCAACGGGAGAUAAAUGAGAAAAUGAAAAACGUGAGUGGUGCCUCAAUAAUUGAGGAUAGUACGAAGAGGAAGCCUUUGAUUGAAACGAUUUCGAGUGGCGAAAUUCCGUGUAGAAGCCCCGAGUACAAACUAUUUAGGCGAAGAGCGCAACCGAAUUGUCUGAUUGGAGAAUUUAAAUUCCCCGACGUUAUUUCAACUAAAGAGCUCACGCUAGAUGUGGGUGAAGAUAGAAUUGUUAUAGAGUCGACCUCAAAACAUUAUUUACUUGAUAUAUUUGUUCCCCUUGUUAUUAGACAAUCGUCUUGUACGUCCAUUUUCAACAAAUCUACAAAGAUUUUAACGGUAACAAUGCCCCUGGUUGGAGGCUAAAUCUCACUUAAAUUUAUAAGGAAUACAGUGGUUACUUAAAUGUAUAUAAAUUCAGUUACAAUAUAAAAAAUUGAUUAUGACUAUGGCAUCUGAA